AUGGACCAUGGGCCUAGGGUGAGAGUACAAAAGAGCCUCUUUUUCCUAGAAUUUGGGCCAGCCCAAGAAACCUUGCCCGAUGGCGGAGGGUGGGAGAAUUUUGAGAACGUGAAGCAGCGGAAAGCUGAUUUCCCAGUCUGGAGGAGAAAUCGAAAGCCAGUUGGGGAACGGAGGAGCGAUCGACCGGAGACGGUGACGGAGACGGAGAAGAGAGAGAGAAAGCCUGAAAGAAGAACAACAGCACCGGGAUCUCCUUCUUCAUUCGCCAUGCCAUUGAAAAUUCAUUUACUCCAAACACUUCAGCUCUGCACCUUGGUUAUCGAAUUUCGCCUUUUUCUGAUUCUCCGCCGCCGUCGCCGCCGUCUUGACUCCGACUCUUACACUGUGUUUCCUCUCACCGAAGAAACGCAAGUGCAGGUUCAGACUCAAACGCAAUCGCAGGCUCAGAACGCGCUUCAUGAAUCCUCCAACUCUACAACCACUAUUGCUCAAGCCACUAUAGCACUAAGCGAGGUGAUGAAUGCGCCAUCGCAAACCUCUUCUCUGCCAUCCAAAAUGCCUUUGCGUCCACGGAAGAUUCGAAAGCUCUCGCCCGCUGAAUCCGAUCCGAAUUCCUCUCAGAUUGUCACCAUUCCGGAUGGGCCGAAACCUAUCGUCACCGGGAAAUCUCACAAGAGCAAGACGGCCCAACAACGCGCCGCCUUCGCGUCUGCUCCAGUGCUGCCAGCCCGAUCGCUUUCCUGUGAAGGCGAGGUGGAAGUCGCGCUUCGGCAUCUUCGGAAUGCGGAUCCGCUCCUUGCACCUUUGAUCGACCUCCAUCAACGUCCUACCUUCGACAGUUUUCAAACCCCAUUCCUUGCCCUAACUAGAAGUAUCCUAUAUCAGCAGCUGGCUUACAAAGCUGGCACAUCUAUUUACACCCGUUUUAUCGCCCUUUGUGGCGGCGACGCUGGUGUUCUUCCCGAAACCGUUCUUGCCUUGAACACUCAACAGCUCAGGCAAAUUGGAAUUUCGGGUCGUAAAUCUAGUUAUCUUCAUGACCUUGCUAGGAAAUACCAAAAUGGGAUUCUUUCAGACAUGGCAAUUGUAAAUAUGGAUGAUAAAUCGCUUUUCACAAUGCUCACAAUGGUGAAUGGAAUUGGGUCUUGGUCUGUUCAUAUGUUCAUGAUUUUCUCGCUGCACAGACCAGAUGUGCUUCCUAUCAACGAUCUUAAUGUUCGCAAAGGUGUUCAGCUUCUCUACAAUCUUGAAGAGUUGCCUCGACCAUCACAAAUGGAUCAGUUAUGCGAGAAGUGGAAGCCGUAUCGAUCGGUUGGGUCCUGGUAUAUGUGGAGGCUUGCUGAGGCAAAGGGAGCUUCUUCGAGCGCAGCAGCAGUGGCUGCUGGUGCUAGCUUACAGCUGCAGCAACAAGAGCACCAGCAGGAGCAACAGCAUCAACGGCAGCCGCAGCUUCUUGAUCCACUCAAUAGCAUUCUCAAUCUUGGGGCCUGUGCUUGGGGGCAGUGACUCCGUUUGAAAAGAGUACAUGUUAGCAAAUAUCCCAAUCAAUGUACCCACUGAAUGAAAAGUAUGCCAAUUAUGUGGAAGCAGAAGACUCGAAAACGAAUAUUUGGUGCCUCGAGGUUGGAUAUUCUAAACAUCUAUGCUAAAUAAUGAAAUGACAUGUGGCAGUUUAUUUUUCUUAGAUUGGUUGACAUCACUUUGAUGGCCGUCAACAUACAUGUAUCAUAUGGUGGGGACAUUGAUAGAAUGUUCCUCUGAAUGCCUGCUUUUAAUGUGGUUUAGAAACCGCUUGUUGAUUUGCGCAUAUUCAAUGACAGAAUAGUCUGUAAUGACUUUACGAUCCAUCUCUUACCUUGUUCUUCGUUUCAA